AUGCUAGCGUCCGCGCCAGCUGUCUUGCUUGGACUUGUGUGCCUCCUCCUCAGAGCACCACUCCUCGCGCCCGCCUUCACCAAAAGCAGCGCCAACGACGCGCGGGGCUUUGUCAGCAACCUCUUCUUCCAAGCUUGGGGGGCCUUUGCGGCCGGGGUGAACCAUCCGGUUGGGUUCACAGUCUUUGGGGAGCUCUCCUUUCUGGUCUUUGUCUGGGCGCUGCUUGCAAUUAUUGACCUGCGGACCAUGGCACUCGCGCAUAGGGCCAUUUGGCUGCAGCAGGCCUUUGAACGCUUUUUCGACGCAAUCAGAAUCUUGGUUACUUGUUGGGUACUGGGCGUGACGUACUCUUUGCGGCGCGGUAGUCCGCCCGGUUCGAGCCUCCGCCACCGCCGGCUGCGGGCCGCGUCGCGGGUCAACUACCUGGCCGCGGCCGCCCUUGGCGCGCUCUGGCGCAUGCGCACUCGCGUGCUCCUUGUCAAUGAUCGGACGCUAUUCUCGCAAGCGCUGAGGCUGCUGACGUCAGAGGGGUUCGCAGACACGUCAGAAAUUGCCGUGUGGUUCUUCAUGCUAGAUCUCGUUGGCCUCACUCUUUUGUCUGUGUAUUUCGCGCUGCUCGAGGACGGGCCUCGGGCGGCGCUGGGCACCAUGGCCGGGGCGCUCCUUCUGGGACCGGCACCGGCUUUUGCGAUUUAUUGUGCGUAUAGGGAGAAUGCGAUUCUGAAAGCGGUUGCGUCGGCCCAGGAAGCUGAAGAAGCUGCGAGGGCAGAAUAA